AUGGGAAACCUGAAGUUUAAUGUUGAUGCUACUUGGAUUUCUGAAUCUUUACCAUCUACUUAUGCUUUUAUUCUGAGAAAUGAAUCAGGAUAUUGUGAAGGAGGAAAGGCAGGACUUACAGCAGGUCUCAACCCACAAGAAGCAGAAGCUAUAGGAGUAUGGCAAACAACAGUUUGGGCCAAUGAAAAGCAGAUAAAGAAUUUCAGUAUUGAGGGUGAUUGUGAAAGUCUUUUUAACUACAUUAAUGGUCAGAAUGCAGACAUUUCUUGGAGAGCUAAAGAUUAUAUGCAAGAAGCUCAUAGAUUAGCACAUCUUUGUAACAAUUUUUUGGGUUUUGUUUUUGUGCCUAGAAUAGGAAAUCAAGUGGUUGAUAGUAUAGCCAAAUUUGCUAGAAAUAUAACCAACUCCUUUGAAUGGAAAAAGAUCCCACCUAUUUGUGGUAAAAAACAAUUCUUAGUAGAUAAAUUUAAUAUUGGGAGUCCCAUAAACCCCAUAUUAAAUGGCUCUACUUCUUUUAUAACUAUGACUCAGGUUGAGUCCUAG